AUGAAAACAAUAUGGCUUCUUCUUGCCAGUAUCGUUCAUGUAUUCGCCCAUGAUGAACUUUAUAUUCUUAUCGAUGAAGUUAGUUUAUACAACUGUCGAGGAGGUAAGCUGUCCAGUAAUCUCCAAAAAUCUUAUCUUGGAUUUUCAGUAAAAAACGAGAUCACAAUCAACGAAGAAGACGUUCAGAUUGUGAAUGAGCGGGGGAACCGAGUCUACUACAUACGGGCUCCUGGAAAUUAUUCCUUAGAUUUCAAAAAGAUAAAAGUGAAACAAAACUUUGGAUUCCUAGCCGGAGAAAUCGGAAUAACUCUUCAAGUUCCUGUUUUGGAAGGUCCUGCUGGUAUCCGAUUCGAUCUACCGUACACAAUGAUUCCGGAAACUACGCUUCUUAGUCAGAAAUGCGAUGAAUUUAGUGGAGUGAUCGAGAGAAACGGAAGGACGUACUGUAGAUAUUGUGAUCUUUGUCAAGUCUCACAAGCAGUGGAAAACGAAUUAGCCGCUGGCAGACAUCAGUUUUUGUCUCGAUCUGAAAACGACACUCCUGUAUCGAAAUGCUAUAAUAUCGAAGCCAAUGAAUACGAUUUCCGUAGAACAAUCCAACUUCCUAGUCGUUCCCAUCUAGAGGGUCUUAUCAGAAGCAAAGCUCAAGGAAUCGAUGAUGAGAUCAAAAAACGAUUGAAUAAAGGACGCGGUCGUUUCCAAGUCUUUCUGAAUCUCAUCACAUCCGAUAAGCCAGCGAUUUCGAGGAACCGAUGGAUGGCUGGAUCCAAAGAUUGUGACUGCUGUUUCAAUCGAAAUGCUCCCCACUGUGACUCCUUAUCCUAUUUGUACUGUAACAUGGAAGAUUGCAAAACAGGAUGGGCUUUACAGUGCCUUCACAACUCUGCUAAAGUCGCGGCUUGUUACACUGUGGAGUUUAACUAUAGAAUGACCACAUCCUACGCAGAUGUUCUUGAAUUCCUUCGAGAGAACAAUUAUCCAAAUCAAGACAGUUACUUUACUCAACCAAAUCAGCCAGCUGUUCCAACAACCCGUCGCCCAGUAAAACCGUCUUUGGAAGUUCGUCAAGCGAACCAGCUCCAGAUGACACAAGCAUGCGUGGAAUCGAUGCCAGCCAGAAUGACACAUCUCAGAAGGUACUGUACCAUUUUCUGGAACGAAAAACUGUGUUGCGAGCAUUGUCCGGAUAUUUGCUAG